AUGCAGAAAUUGUUGCAGCUAGCUGCUGCGCUUCUCCUCUCGGGUCUUCCAGAGGCCCUUUCCGGCCAUAAUCACACUUCUUGCCGCUGCAAACCUGAAGAGAAAUGUUGGCCCUCGCCUCAUCAAUGGAAAGCCUUGAACGAAUCUGUUCACGGCAAUCUUGUUGCUGUUAGACCUGUCGGUAACGUAUGUCAUGACCCGACUUAUGAUCCAGAGGCAUGCGCGAGAACAAAAAACAUUACGCAUAACUCCUUCUGGAGAGUGGAACAGCCAGGCGCAGUUCAAUUCACCAACUGGGAAACCUGGCUCGCUCGCAAGGAGAGCUGCUACGUUGACACCCCGCGUGGUGACGCUUGCGACCAAGGUCGAGUAUCGCUGUAUUCCGUUCUUGUCGAGUCGCCUUCGCAGAUACAGAGCGCUGUCCGUUUCGCACGAAAACACAAUCUUCGGUUGGCCAUUAAGGCAUCUGGUCAUGACUUUCUCGGCAGAUCAUCUGCGCCAGACUCGCUGCAAAUCUCAACUUACCGAAUGAAAGACAUUAUUUUCACCGACGACUUCGUGCCGAAAGGAUGUAAAACGGGCGGGAAGGGAUCUGCUGUUACCCUCGGAGCUGGAGUGGUGCUAACUGACUUGUACAAGGCUUUAUCCAAAAAAGGGGUUGUUGCUGUUGCAGGUCUAGCUCAUACUGUGGCCGCACCAGGGGGUUACAUCCAGGGUGGUGGCCACUCACCUCUCGGCCCGUGGAAAGGGAUGGCAUCAGAUAAUGCACUUGAAUUCGAGGUUAUAACUCCAAAGGGAGAUCUUAUCACCGUCAACGAAUUCCAAAACAGUGAUCUAUUCUGGGCCCUACGAGGUGGUGGAGGAGGGACAUUCGGUGUUGUUGCCAGCGUCACAAUUCGAACAUGGCCCGACCCGCCAAUGGUACUAGGGAGUGUCAAUAUUUCCACCUCGCUCGAUAACAGCAAGGGUUACUGGGCUGCUGUAAAGGAAUUGCAUGCAGCUUUGCCGGAAUUGAGUAAAAAUGGAGCUUCAGGAUACUACUUCAUUGUCCCUCAAAGCCCUCCACUGCCCGACAUUGGCUCCGUCUCUGCUGUCGUUAUGGCUUUGAUGUUUGCUGACCAAGACGAUCAGGCCGCUGUCGAGCGCCUAUUGCAGCCAUUAACCGCAGCCGUCAAUAAGCUCGACAAUGUUACAAUAUCCACCUCCACCAUCGCCUCACCAAGAUCCAACGAAAUGAUUGUCAGCUUGCUUCAAGGAGAUGCUGAUGACACCGGCAACGCAAUCGCAAUUGGAUCCCGUCUAAUAUCUCGUGAUUUUUUGGUUUCAUCAGAUGGACCCGCAAAGCUCUCUGAUGCUCUCUCACGCCUUGAUUCCCAGCGUGGGAGCGUUAUCACAGGCCACCUCGUGGCCGGCGGACAAGUUGCCAAAAACGCUGGAAAGGUCAACAGCGCGCUGAACCCGGCAUGGAGGAAGGCGCUGACGCACAUUACUUUCGGUUACUCGUGGCCUUCUAGUACCCCAUUCCAUGAGCAGCAGAAGAUAUAUGAGAAGAUUACGAAGGUUGAGGUUCCGAUUCUCAGGUCGCUGGAACCUGGUCAGAUGGGUUCCUACUUGAAUGAAGCUGAUUCCCAUGAGUCGGACUUCCAGGAAUCCUUUUGGGGUGAGAACUAUGAGCGGUUGUAUGCCGUUAAGCAGAAAUGGGAUCCGACUGGGCUUCUCAUAUCCCGUCGAGGUGUGGGAAGUGAGGACUGGGAUGAUGAUGGGUUGUGUCGUGUUAACUAA